AAUUAUUGAAUUGAUCAAAAUUAGAAUUUGAAACUUAUGUAAUUAACUUCUUCUGGUUAACCCACGAAAAUGGGAUAGAUUUAUCAUAAAUCUAAUUCAGUUAGCAUAGGGUUAAUUAAGAUGAGACCGCAAAAAGAAUCGAUUGCUGAGCCGUAUGAGGUAGGAAACUCUCAAGUACGGUUCUAAGGGAAGGAAUUGACCCACCUAUUCCAACCGGGGAGAACAGGCCAUUCUGCAGGGUGAUUCUGAAAUUGCGGAGGCUUGGUCCGAUCAAGCUGCUGAGUAUUAGGGUCCCCAGAGUGUGACGUGACGAUCCCCAAGUUGCAGACGAUCCCCAGAGCGUGAUGUGACGACCCCCAAGUUGCAGACGAUGCAAGUUCAAGGCUUCCAUCUACUUCAUCGUCUUUGGCGCGGAGUAAAAGAUAGGUCUCCAAAUCUUGGUUAAAAUCAGACAUGGAGGAAGUUUCCCGACAGGCUGGGUUGAAGAUUAUGUUGGUGGUGGAUUUGAUGUUAGGUUUAUAGACAAAGAGGAUCUGAGCAUAGAAAGAUUGAUACAUGAAAUUAGUGCAAUUGGGUAUAACAAUGUCAACGGCUUGUUGUACUGUGUUCCUGGUGCAAGGGUUGCAAAUGGUGGAUUGAGGUCUCUAAAUGAUGAAGGUUCCUUAAUUGAAAUGCUAGAACAUGCAGAAAGGGUGAAGGCAAUUGAAAUUUAUGUUGAUCAUGCCAUUGAUGAACCUACAGAAGUUAUUAUAGAAGAUUAUGAUGUGUUGUUGUUGGAAGAUGUGAGUCAACCAAUUUCUGAAUCACAAACUCAACCAGUUGAAGCACAAGAAGAUAUGCAAAUGCCACAAGCGACCACUCCUAAAAAGAAGGGGACAAUAGCAGGACCCAGGAGAUCAACACCCAGGAAAGCCACUGUUAGUGCCAAUGAGAAACGAACACCCAAGAAAGCAACACCCAAGAGGAAGGUAACAUAUCCUUCAACCUCCAGGAAGAAACUAACACCCAGGAGGGCAACCAAGCUGUCAACCUCCAGUGAAACCCUGCCACAACAAGUAUCAACUGCCUCAACCUCUUUAGAUGAACUGUCAACCAAGCAGUCAAGUCCAUCUAGUGAUAGUGACGACUCUCUGGAGGAUGAGAAUUACAGAAUUGAUCCAAGGGAGGCAUUUGUAGAUGAUGACUUUGAUGAAGAUGAACUAUUUGGUGAGUUUAGCAAUAAUGGCAAGGGGGAAAAAAAGAAGAAUGUGCAAGAGAAAGAGGAUGACGGUGCCUACAGUGAACGUGGAGGGCAAUGAGAGUUGGCCUGAACCAAAUAAUGAACCUAGGGAGGUAGUGAAUGUGGAGGGAAAUGAGAGUGUGCCUGAACCAAAUAAUGAACCUAGGGAGGCAGUGAAUGUGGAGGGUAAUGAGAGUGUGCCUGAACCAGGCCAGGAAGAUAGGGAGGCAGUGAAUGAGGUUGACGGUGCCCACAAUGAUGAUUCCUUUCAAGAUGCUAUAUGUAGUGAAGAUGAUGAACUGAAUGAGAUUAGGCAAUGCAAUAAGGAGGUUCUAAGUCAAGAGAUGGGCAACAUUGCUUUAAACUCUGGUGCAGUACUGGGGGAGGGUGUUGAUGCAGGUAACUCCAUUCAAUUUAACGCUGUUAGACCCCCUUCGAGUGGUUAAUGCUAGUGUACAAACAUCACCUCAUGAAGGAGUGCAUUCAAGAGCUGACAACACAGUUGAUGAACCUGGGCCAUCAACCACUGAACCACAGCAACAGUCAUGGCCAGAUUUUUGUACAAAUUAUGAUAGUGGAUAUGAAUCAGAUCCUAGAUCAAGUGGUGAUGAAGGUCCCAUAAUGGCAAGUGAUGACGAUGAAACUCUUGUCCAAAGUUUACAAAAAAAAAGUAGCAAAGCUCAAGUAUCCAUUUUUUAAUGAAGAAGUUGAGAUGAAAAAUGUUAAAUUGAUAGUAGGAUUAAAGUUCACGUCAAGGGAAAUAUUAAAGGAAGUAAUAUUGAAUUACUCCAUACAAGAACACUAUGACAUUGUUUAUGAAAAAAAUGAUAAAAGGCAGUUGAAUGUGAAUUGUGCACUCUAUCAUUGGCAGCUAAAUGUUACACCAUGUCGUGAUGGUGCUAGUGCUUGGAAAAUCAAUAGUAUGCACCUUUAUCAUACUUAUAGCAGGACAUUCAAGAAUAGGCUAAUCACUGAAGGUUGGCUUGCAGAAAAAUUUAUUGACAACUUUUUGAGGGAUCCUAAGUUCAAGCCCAAAGACAUGAAAGCAGAAAUGCAAAAACAAUAUGAGAUCAUAGUGGAUUUAAUGAAAUGUAGGAGGACAAAGAGUAGGGCUUUGAAUGCAGUAGAUGGUUUGUUUAAGAAGCAAUAUGGCGUGUUAAAGCCAUACAUGAGAGAGCUCUUAAGGAGUAAUGAUGGAAGUACAUGCAUUCUGAAGGUCACAAAUCAAAGUGACUCGUCAGAAUCAGGGGUCUUUCAAAGAUUCUACGUGUGCUUUGCAGGUAAAGUUCAAGUGUUUGUUAGAAAAUUUUGAAGUUUUAUCAAAGCUUGUACGUGCAUGUUUUUUAGGCCAUACUGAAUUCAUUCCUGUGUUCUUAGCCAUGAAAAGUGGGUUCGCCAACAAUUGUAGACCUAUAUUUGGACUUGAUGGAUGCUUUCUUAAACAUGCAUGUGGUGGGCAAUUGUUAAGUGCCAUGGGGAGAGACGACAAUAAUUAGAUGUGGCCAAUUGUGUGGGCUGUUGUGGAGGCUGAAACCAGGAGCUCUUGGGUAUGGUUUAUGAGAAUCUUAUCUAGUGAUCUCAACAUGGGAGAGGAAGAGGGAUGGACAGUAAUUUCAGACCAACAAAAGGUAAGGAUCAAUUUCAUGUCAUAUUCAAUUUAAUCUCUAUCUAGGCUACAUGUUUACAUAUCUGGGCAUGUUUUUUUGUUUAACUAUGGUUUAGUUCCAGCUAUACAUGAAGUUUGGCCCCAAGUGGAGCAUAGGCAAUGUGCAAGACACAUUUAUUCCAAUUGGAGGAAAGCACAUACUGGAAGAACUCUUCAAAAACAAUUUUGGUAUUGUGUGAAGGCAACCUCCAUGGGGGAUUUCCCAGGAGAGGCUGCCAAACUCAAGGAUUACUCUCAAAGGGCAUACGACGACUUCAUGGCAAGAGAUCCUCACACCUUUUGUAAGUCUCAUUUUAAAUGUCAUAGCCAAUGUAACAGUGUUGACAAUAAUAUGUCUGAAACCUUCAACUCCUUCAUCCUUCUUGUAAGAUACAAGCCAAUAAUUUCUAUGCUAGAAGACAUUAGACUUGCCAUGAUGGAUAGGAUGCAGUUAAAAAGGAAGUUGAUUACGCAAUUUGUGGGGGAGGGUGUUAAUGCUAGUGUACCAUCUAAAAGUGAGGAAAAAGGGGAGACCAAAGGGAAGCCUGAACAAAAUUAGAUGUGGUGACAUGCCUCCAAGCAAUGCUCCAACGCCAACAUCCAUUAUCCUUGGAAGAAUAAGCAAAACUCCAACAACCAGCGUUGAGGCAGGAAGAGGUAGAGGAGGGGGAGGGAGAGGAAGAGGAAGAGAUAGAGGGAGGGGUGGUCAAUUACGGAUGCCAGAAGGGUUUGGUUUAUGGCAAGGACCACAAGGGGAAAUAGCAUUUAGAGCUCCUGGUGACAGUCAAGAAAAUGUGAUACAUUUGACACCUAAUGCUCCAUCCUCACAUAGUGCACCCUCUCAGGAAUGAGAGUGUAAUUAACUGCAGUAGAUAACUAGUGUUUUGUAUUUGGGACAAAGUUGUUAAUGUCUGGUUAAUGUAUUUUGGGACAAAGUUGUUAUUUGGUAUUUUGUGUUGAGACGUGUUGAUCAGUUCUAUGUGGACAUGUU